GGCAACCCAAGAGCCUGCUUUCCCAGGUCCAUCUCGGAGCUCGCGAUCCUUCUGAUUCUAAACUGGGUCCUAUACUGAGGCCACGACACUGAGGCGGCCGAGCCACGAUGCCCAGUGAAACUCUCUGGGAAAUUGCAAAAGCUGAAGUGGAAAAACGAAGUAGUAAUGGAAGUGAAAGCGAUGGAGUUGAAAUUGGAGAAAAAUCUGUUUUCUUCAUUGGCAGUAAAAAUGGGGGAAAGACUACUAUUAUUCUAAGGUGUCUUGACAGGGAUGAACCACCAAAACCAACCUUAGCUUUGGAAUAUACCUAUGGAAGAAAAGCAAAAGGGCAUAACAUACCAAAAGAUAUUGCUCACUUUUGGGAACUAGGUGGCGGAACCUCUUUAUUGGACUUAAUCAGCGUACCAAUCACAAGUGACACCUUACGGACAUUUUCUAUUGUUCUUGUUUUGGAUCUUUCAAAACCUAAUGACCUUUGGCCCACCAUGGAAAAUCUGUUGCAAGCCACAAAAAGCCAUGUAAAUAAAGUGAUAAUGAAACUGGGAAAGAAAAAUUCUAAAGCAUCUUCUGAAAUGAGACAGAAGAUAUGGAGUAAUAUGCAGAAGGACCAUCCAGAUCGUGAAAUAAUUGACCCGUUUCCAAUACCUCUGGUCAUAAUUGGAAGCAAAUAUGAUAUUUUUCAGGAUUUUGACUCUGAGAAGAGAAAGGUGAUUUGCAAGACACUUCGAUUUGUUGCACAUUAUUAUGGAGCAUCAUUAAUGUUUACCAGUAAGUCAGAAGCUCUAUUACUAAAAAUACGUGGAGUUAUCAACCAGUUGGCAUUUGGCAUUGACAAAAGCAAAUCAAUAUGUGUGGAUCAGAAUAAACCACUGUUUAUCACAGCAGGAUUGGAUUCUUUGAGUCAAAUAGGAUCUCCUCCUGUUCCUGAUAAUGACAUUGGAAAGCUUCAUGCCCGUUCACCAAUGGAGUUGUGGAAAAAAGUAUAUGAAAGGCUCUUUCCACCAAAGAAUACCAACACACUGAAAGAUAUCAAGGACCCUGCAAGAGACCCUCAGUAUGCUGAAAGUGAAGUUGAUGAAAUGAGAAUUCAGAAGGAUCAGGAACUGGAACAGUACAAAAGAAGUUCUUCAAAGUCUUGGAAACAAAUUGAGCUUGAUUCUUGAACCUAAUUCAACUAUAGUGUAUUCAUUUCUUCUUUCUCAAAUACAAGUAAGAUUAUUUUAUUAAUUAGCUCUUAUGGUAAUAAGUGAAGAAAGUUAACAUAUGUAAUUUGUUAAAGGAAAAGUGGAAUUUCUUAGUGCAACUCCCUGAAUACUUUGUCUUUUAAAAGAGAAAAAAGUGUAAUUACAUGUAAUUUUUUUUUAAAUAAAAAGAAUCUUCUACUACUGUUGUCUGACACGUUUAAGUAGUGUAUACUCAGUUCAGCAUUUAUAAGUUUCUGCUUAUAUGUUUUCAGGAACAUGAAAACAAGAGCAUUUAGUAACAGUUAGAAGGUUAAGUGCUCAUAUUAAACACAUUCCUUCUCUAAGGACUUCUCAGCUGUGUCUGGUAGGAAACUGAAUUGGGUUCGCUGACCCAGGUGUCAUCAUUUUACUCUAACAGAGAGGCACAAGAAGCACCUGAAAUAGUUAUUUAAAGUGCACAUUCCUGGGGCCGGCCCAGUGGCGCAGCGGUUAAGUUCGCACGUUCCGCUUCUUGGCGGUCCGGGUUUGCCGGUUCGGAUCCCGGUGCAGCCAUGGCUCUACUUGG